AUGCCAACAGCAACAGUGAACACGUCGGAUUCAACUCCGGACUUCUUCUUGACCAGUUUUCCCGGACUAGAAGCUUUUCGUCACUUGCUUUCUAUCCCGUUCAUUAUUAUGUAUUCUUUUGCAAUUGUAGGAAAUAUAGCAAUAAUAUAUAUAAUCAAACUGGAAGAAACUCUACAUACUCCUAUGUACAUCCUCCUCUGUAUUCUCGCUGUGGUUGACAUCGGUUUGUGCACCUCCACAACACCUAAAAUGCUAGCGAUCCUAUUGAAUGAUGCACGCAGUAUUUCUUUUCAAGCUUGCUUCCUGCAAAUGUUUUUUAUAUACUUUUUUUCAUCUCUAGAAUCCUCAAUAUUAGCCGUAAUGGCAUAUGACCGGUAUAUUGCUAUCUGCAACCCACUUCGUUAUAGCACUAUAUUAACAACUGCAGCUAUUAGUAAAAUUCUACUUGCACUUUUUCUGAGAUGUGUAAUUUUAACCGGUCUGAUUCCAAUAAUGGCCUCAAAGUUGCCUUACUGUUCAUCUACUGUUGUCCCUCAAACCUAUUGUGACCACAUGCCGGUAGCGAAUCUGGCGUGCACUGAUAUUACUAUGAAUAGUUAUUACGGACUUUCGGUUGCAUUUUUGAUUGUCGGCAUGGAUGUCAUUUUUAUCUCAUUUACUUACAUAAUGAUUAUUAGAGCCGUUUUGAAACUGGCCUCAAAACAGGCCCGGGUCAAAGCGUUUAGUACAUGUGGUUCCCAUGUAUUUAUUAUCUUGUACUUUUACACCAGCGGUCUAUGUAGUUUCUUGACUUACAGGUUUAGUAAAAAUGCAUCCAGCCAGUUAAACAUUCUAUCGAGCGUUCUCUAUCUUAUUUUACCGCCAGUGUUAAAUCCUGCCGUUUAUGGAGUGAGAACUAAAGAAAUCCGCGACGGAUUUCUAAAACAUCUCGGAAGAAACACUCACUGGAGCAGAAAACGUUGA